UCAACAGUGCCCGGCCGCGCAUUCGCGGUACUUUUACGUUUUCAAACGAAAUCAUAGAAAUUCAGUAAAAAGUUCCGUGAAUAGAAUACGAAUUUGUGUGUUUCGGAUUCUUUAAACUCGUGAAGUGAGCCGCCCCAAGAUGAUAGCCCUUCGAGUAAUGCUGCUGGGAGUCAUGAUGGCGGUGACGCUGGCGGCUGCCACACCGCGCAAGAACCACAAGCGAGAGGCUCCGCUUAGCUCUUCUUAUGGACCACCCUCCUUUGGAGGCGGUGGUGGCGGAGGCGGUGGCGGUGGCAGCUACAGGCCUUCUUCGAACUACGGUGCCCCUCGACCAUCCUCAAAAUACGGACCGCCAUCAAGACCAUCUAGUAGCUACGGUGCCCCGUCCAAACCACAUGGACCUCCUUCAUCAAGUUAUGGUGUCCCUAGGCCACCGUCAACUAGCUACGGUGUUCCAACAGGUCCCUCCAGUUCCUACGGAGCGCCUAAAGGUUCAGGCUCAUUUGGGGGAUCAAGCUCUUUCGGUGGCUCUGGAUCAUUCGGUGGCUCUAAGCCAUCCAGCUCAUACGGUGUUCCAUCCAGCUCAUACGGUGCUCCAUCCAGCUCAUACGGUGUUCCAUCCAGCUCUUAUGGUGCUCCAUCGUCAGGUAGCUCAUUUGGCUCAGGUUCCUUUAGCUCAGGAGGUAGUUCCUACAGUUCAGGAGGUGGCAUUUCUUCCUCCUACGGGGUACCAUCUGGGGGCUCGCAUGGAGGCUCACACGGAGGAUCAGGCGGUGGCAUAUCCUCUUCCUACGGUGUACCAUCUGGAGGCUCACACGGAGGAUCAGGCGGUGGCAUAUCCUCUUCGUACGGCGUACCUUCUGGAGGUUCACAUGGAGGCUCACAUGGAGGCUCAGGAGGUGGUAUAUCAUCCUCUUAUGGUGUACCAUCUGGUGGCUCCCACGGAGGAUCAGGCGGUGGCAUAUCCUCUUCCUACGGUGUACCAUCUGGAGGUUCCCAUGGAGGCUCUCACGGAGGAUCAGGCGGUGGCAUUUCUUCUUCCUACGGUGUACCAUCUGGAGGUUCCCACGGAGGCUCUCACGGAGGAUCAGGCGGUGGCAUUUCUUCUUCCUACGGUGUACCAUCUGGAGGUUCCCACGGAAGCUCUCACGGAAGUUCCCACGGAGGUUCAGGAGGUGGUAUUUCUUCCUCUUAUGGUGUACCAUCUGGUGGCUCCCAUGGAGGUUCAGGAGGUGGUAUUUCUUCCUCUUAUGGUGUACCAUCUGGUGGCUCCCAUGGAGGUUCAGGAGGCAGCAUUUCCUCUUCUUAUGGUGUGCCGUCCGGUGGCUCCCACGGUAGUUCAGGAGGUGGUAUUUCAUCGUCGUAUGGUGCACCAGCACCUUCAGAUUCAUAUGGAGCACCUGUUCCUUUGUCAUCUUAUGGCGCUCCAUCCUCAGGCGGCCAUGGCUCUGGUAGCAGUUCUGGAUUUGGUAGUUCCGGAUUUGGCAGCAGUAGUUUUGGAAGCAGCGGAUUUGGCAGUAGUGGUCCAUCAUCCAGCUACGGAGCACCAUCUAGCUCAUACGGAGCUCCUAGCGGAGGUGGCUACAGCUCAGGAGGCUCUUCUGGAGGUCAUAGUUCUGGUGGCUAUUCCUCUAGCAGUCAUGGCUCUGGUAGCGGUUUUGGCGGAUCUGGUGGAUACUCUGGAAGUUCUGGCGGAUAUAGUUCUGGAAGCGGAUCAGGUGGCUACUCAUCAGGUGGCGGAUCAGGUGGCUACUCAUCAGGUGGUGGAUCGGGAGGUUACUCGUCUGGAGGCUCCAGUGGUUACUCGUCUGGAGGUUCAGGUGGUCAUGGUUCAGGUGGAUACUCAUCAGGAGGUGGAUCAGGUGGCUACUCAUCAGGCGGCGGAUCGGGUGGUUACUCUUCUGGUGGUGGAUCAGGUGGCUACUCAUCAGGUGGUGGAUCGGGCAGUUACUCUUCUGGCGGUGGAUCAGGUGGCUACUCGUCCGGAGGUUCCGGUGGCUACUCCUCAGGAGGUCACAGUUCCGGUGGCUAUUCCGGAGGAGUACCAGCCACUAUCAGCCAAAGCUACGAUUCAAGCGGUGGCUAUGUAUACUAAGUAUUUGUCAACUGUAUUCAGCUGUUGAUAGCGGUCGAUGAUAUUAGUCAACUGUCAGUCAACGAUCCUCGAUGGCAUCGCAGAAGCAUGAUCAGUAUUAAGCAGUUACCGGGAUGUAAAAAGUAACGCGUGAGUUGUAACACUUAAAUAAUGGUUCUCCAAACCCAUUCGUAAUCAGUCCUCACCGUUAGGUUGUAGUCUCGUCCUCAUUAAGGCGAGGUUGUAAUGUGCACUUCAUGACAAAUUUUAUUAUUUUGUCCAUCGCUGAUUGGAAAGUAUCUUUAAGUUAAGUGUAACAAACAAAUGUACAAAACCUUUAGUAUUUAAGUUAAAAGAUUUUAUAUAGAAUAAAAUGUGUAAAUAAUUA